AUGCAUCACAGUCUGUAUUCAUAUAAUGAAGCCAACAACAAUACCGUCAAUAACCAUGGCAUAGAGUCCAUCUACGCCACUUUGACCGCAAAUCAGCUGCCAUUACGCGAUGCACUGCCAGCAACACCGUGCGGCGCCGUUUCCGCUCCGGUCGAUCCAGCAAUGGCAAUGGGAAAUCGGUCGUCGGUGGAUGUGGCCGCAUUGGUUGAUCGUGCGAUGUCCAUCGAUGAGCACUUGCAGUCGAUGCCAAUGCCGUUGACAGGCUGGAAUGAUCAUCAGUUUCGAUCGCAAGACGAACUUGAUAUGCUAAGCAUGGGCUCAGCAGGUCGUUCCGUUUUGCAAGGACCUCAGCUUCCCUGUCAGCUCCGCAACGUCAUCGUUCCAAGGUGUGACGGUGGUGUCGCCUCGUCAAGUGACGCAUCAUCGUCGUCGUCCUGCUCCCCAUCAUCCACCGAAAACCUCCACCAUCAACAACAUCGGCAGCAUCAGCAGUUGUUGAAGGGCAACGAUGCGUCAGUUGACUCUAAUGUAGCUUCUAUUCCAAAUCAUUCCGUCAAGCACGAACCGUCGGAUGCGGAUUUCCCAGUGGACGGUCCCAAUGGUUCUACACAUCGGUUACCCAUGCAACCAAUGUCCUUGCACUUGGCUGCGGGUUAUGGUGGACGUUGCUCGAACGAUAGUGGUGCUAGUGAAGCGAUGACCACGACAUCCAGCUCAAGCACUCCGACUCCGGUUAGACGAUCGCGCUCCAAUCAUGACGGUAUGCUGAAAUGCCAGUUCUGUCCGAAGAAAUGGGCUGAUCAGACUGCGUUACAUACACAUAUGGCAGACUGUCGAAUGAUGCGUGGACACGAAUGUGCACAGUGUGGGAAACGGUUUAAAGCUCGCGGUGGUUUACAACAACAUCUUCGCAUUCACUCGAACGACCGACCGUAUGCUUGUCAUUUCUGUGCGAAGCGAUUCACUCAAAAGAGCCAUGUAGACCAACACGAACGAAUACAUACCGGAGCGAAACCGUUCUCGUGUCAAUACUGUGGUCGAGCAUUUCGACAACGAUCCCAGCAACUUGGCCGAGCGAAGCCGACAGUUAUUAUGCGAUGA